AGUUUCCAAAAGACCUGAUCCAGCAAGGUGCAGACUACCGAGCACAGGGAGAAAGCGGUGGAGGGUGCAGAAAACACCUCCUUCUGGCCCCUUCCCUGGAGAUGCGCAGUGCGGGCUUUGAACAGCUGAUCGCGCCGGGAUCACGUUCGUGCUGGAAUCGGCACAAACCAGUGUGCUGCUUGGAGCAGGGGCAGCGUGACUUUGGGGAAGAAAGCUGGAUGGAGCCUCAGUCGCCUCUUCCUGGCUUACGUGGUGACUGAAGUCACUCUUUCUGUGUCUGUUUUCCUAUCUGUAUAUUGGGAGAUUAUAAUACCAAUCCUCCUGAAAAGCCUGCUGAGAUUUGCUGAUGGAAAGAGUCGUGUAGAGGAGCCAGUAAAGUCAUCCAGCGCCUUCAUUUGGCUGCCGGUAUUGUGCAGUGAUCACCAUGCAGUGCAAUUUCCCCAUAGAAACCACAGUUUCCUUUCAGUGAAAAACUCCCAAAAUGCAUCCCACUGACGUGACUACUACUUGGGGUUCUCGUGCUAGGCUGGGUGCUGCAAGAGAGCUCUAAGUGCAGAAGCCGGCUUGCAAACUAUGGGAGAAUAGCAGCCUAGAGCUUUGGAGAUGCUGAGGCUCCUCUUUCGCAGCAAGCCAAGGAUCCAGGAGGCAAAAUCAGACAUCACUUGGAUAGAGAAAGACCUUGUGGACUCAGCAGACAAGGGUGAAGGCGUUGUGAAAGAAAUCAACAUCACACACCAUGUGAAGGAGGGCUCUGAGAAAGCUGAUCCUUCACAAUUUGAGCUUCUGAAGGUUCUGGGACAGGGCUCUUUUGGGAAGGUUUUUCUGGUGAGAAAAAUCACUCCGCCAGACAGCAACCACCUCUAUGCCAUGAAAGUGCUCAAGAAGGCAACAUUGAAAGUGCGUGAUCGAGUAAGGACAAAGAUAGAAAGGGAUAUCCUGGCUGAUGUAAACCAUCCCUUUGUGGUGAAACUCCACUAUGCAUUCCAAACAGAGGGGAAGCUCUAUCUCAUCUUGGAUUUCCUCAGAGGAGGUGACCUUUUCACUCGGCUUUCCAAAGAGGUGAUGUUCACAGAGGAAGACGUGAAGUUCUACCUAGCAGAGCUGGCUUUGGGGCUUGACCAUUUGCACAGCCUGGGAAUCAUAUACAGAGAUCUCAAACCAGAAAACAUCCUCCUAGAUGAAGAAGGGCACAUCAAACUCACAGAUUUUGGCUUGAGUAAAGAAGCUAUAGACCAUGAGAAGAAAGCCUAUUCCUUCUGUGGGACAGUGGAAUACAUGGCGCCAGAAGUUGUGAAUCGUCAGGGCCACUCCCACAGCGCUGACUGGUGGUCAUAUGGGGUGUUAAUGUUUGAAAUGCUCACCGGCUCACUGCCCUUCCAGGGAAAAGAUCGUAAGGAGACGAUGACCCUCAUUCUCAAAGCAAAGCUGGGCAUGCCUCAGUUCCUGAGCUCUGAAGCACAGAGUCUCCUGCGAGCCCUUUUCAAAAGGAAUCCAGCCAACAGAUUAGGUUCUGGUCCAGAUGGGGCAGAAGAGAUAAAGCGCCAUCCUUUCUACUCUACUAUUGACUGGAAUAAGCUGUAUCGAAGGGAAAUCAAACCACCUUUCAAGCCUGCAGUAGGCCAGCCAGAUGACACCUUUUAUUUUGACACAGAGUUUACGUCUCGUACACCAAAAGAUUCCCCAGGCAUCCCCCCAAGCGCAGGGGCCCAUCAGCUCUUCCGCGGCUUCAGUUUCGUGGCGACUGGAUUGAUGGAGGACGGCAAGGUGAAACCUGCCCAGUCCCCUCUGAAUUCGGUGGUACAGCAGCUGCAUGGCAAGAAUGUCCAGUUCAACGAUGGCUACGUGGUGAAGGAGGCGAUCGGUGUUGGCUCCUACUCAGUGUGUAAACGCUGCAUUCAUAAAGCAACCAACAUGGAGUAUGCAGUCAAGGUCAUUGACAAGAGCAAGCGAGACCCGUCUGAGGAAAUCGAAAUCCUCCUGCGAUAUGGGCAGCAUCCAAACAUCAUUACCUUGAAAGAUGUGUAUGAUGAUGGGAAGUAUGUGUAUCUGGUGACUGAGCUGAUGAGGGGAGGGGAGCUGCUGGAUAAGAUCCUCAGACAGAAAUUUUUCUCGGAGAGGGAGGCCAGUUCUGUCCUGCAUACGAUCUGUAAAACGGUGGAGUAUCUGCAUUCUCAGGGGGUGGUUCACAGGGACUUGAAACCCAGCAACAUUCUCUAUGUGGACGAGUCAGGAAACCCAGAAAGCAUUCGCAUUUGUGACUUUGGCUUUGCCAAGCAGCUGAGGGCUGAGAAUGGCCUUCUCAUGACUCCUUGUUAUACUGCAAACUUUGUGGCACCUGAGGUACUAAAACGCCAAGGCUACGAUGAGGGCUGUGACAUCUGGAGCCUGGGAGUUCUCCUUUAUACAAUGCUAGCAGGCUGCACUCCAUUUGCAAACGGGCCCAGUGACACUCCAGAGGAGAUCCUGACCCGAAUAGGUGGGGGAAAGUUCUCUGUCAGUGGAGGCAAUUGGGACACUAUUUCUGAAACAGCCAAGGAUCUGGUAUCAAAGAUGCUUCAUGUAGAUCCUCACCAGCGUCUAACAGCCAAACAGGUCCUGCAGCAUCCGUGGAUAACACAGAAGGAUAGCUUACCUCAGAGCCAACUGAAUCACCAGGACGUUCAGCUUGUAAAGGGGGCAAUGGCUGCCACAUACUCUGCACUGAACAGCUCCAAGCCAAGCCCCCAGCUGAAGCCCAUUGAAUCAUCCAUUCUGGCACAGAGGCGGGUCAAGAAACUUCCUUCUACCACACUGUGAAUUUUGGGCAGUCUGCAGCAGCACUGUGCAAUGCAAUCUACACCAGACUUUGCACGACCUAGUGAAGACAGGGGGCAGGAAACUGGGCAGUAAAUGUCUGCAAAGGAGCUCCCUUGAGGACUUUUUCUGAAAUCCACAUCAAGGCCAAGUGCCUUUCUGCUUCUGAAAGACUGGCUCCUCUUUGUGUGGACUGAUCUUUACUGAGAGAACGUCACUGUAAAACUUUUUUGAAGUGUAAAUUGUCGAUUUUUAAAGACAUCCAUCUGUGUAUAUGAGAACUAGAAUGUAUAACUGAUGUCAAGGGGCACUAAAAAGCAGCUCUGAUUCACCCUCUCCUUUGUAGGGCCAGAUCUUUGUUGUAGCUGCAUCAUUUCUUGGAACUGAUCUUCUCCAACGCCACUGCAGCUGGAAGACUGCAUGAUGUUUGGGUUUAGGCUUUGGGUUUUUCCUCCCCUGAAACUUUGUAUGCCCUUCCCAAAGUCCAACUUGCAGACUCUUAGCCAGCAGCACUUGUGUUUGUAAAGAACUUCCCUCUCCUUCAUUUUUUUUUUGUGUAUGUUCAGAUUGUAAAGUCGAUUUUUCAGACUCCAUUUCUUCCCAUCUCUUCUGCCCUCUCCCAAGCCACAUGGCUGUUCUCCAAACAAAAUAAACCAACUGUUUUCCAAACACUCCCUUAGACGAUACGCUGUCCAGAAUACCUGCUAGAUUUGGCUCAUUCCUUCCCCCACCUUCCCUUAGCAGGAAUCUGUGAAGCAAACCAUACUUCUUUUUAAUUUAACUUUGUCCUACAGCUGGUAACUCAGGGUUUCUUUCUGAAUUGUACAAUAAACAUGUCAUUCAGUUGAUGUUAUUUUACUGACUGACUUUUAGCUGCAGAAUAAGUGACCCUAGUCAUUUCCCCCCUCUGUAAUAAGGGGAUAAUGAUUCUUGCCUGCCUUUUGAGAGAUGUGCAAAGCUUUUUCAUCUGUAGAGGUAUGUCUGUCCUCCACAGCUGGCCCUCUGAUGGGAAAAUCAGCAGUAGUGUAGUAGGGCUGCAUAUUAUGCUACCUUCUCUCGCGUUUAAUACCUUGCUUUUAUUUAUUGGCUAAGGCAGUGAUCAACAGGGAAGGUGGCAAGAUGUAGACUGUGGAGAGGGAAACUUCUUACUCUCAAAAGACAUCAUAGUUUUAAUAGAAACCAACGCUUGCAGGUGAACUGUGCUAGAAAUAAAUUCCUGAUCCAUUCUAACUUGCAGAGAAUUGAUAGAGCUCUCCUCGUUUACUGGUGGGCGUUUCCUGGGAGGAUUAGAAGAACUAUGGAGCCUGCAAGCACUCAAAAAUGCAAAGCUUCUCCUGGGAAUAUCUGCUCCCUUUGGCUGGUCAUAUAGAGAGGGGGAACUUUCUUUUUGCCUUUCCCCUUUGCUUGGUCCCCGUAGACUCUGUAAUAGAGAAUUCCAUUAAAAAUUUUCUCAGAGA